AUGGGCCUCUUCGGCGACUUGCCUCCGCCGUCGAAUGCUCCCAAGCCACCGACUCGCGCGAACCCUCCGUCGUCAACGUCAACUCCGUCUAGCAAACCGUCAACUCCUGCUGAACGGCCCGCGGCCGUUGCGCCAAAACCGUCUGCACUCAAGUCGUCACUCAAAGGGCGGGCGGACGCCAGGGGGGAAGAGGGGACGGGGAAUGUCAGCGCGGGGGACGCGGGUGGGGGGUCGGGGGAAGGCGGAAAGACCAGGAAGCGCGUGGGGAUGGCUGGGGCGGACGAGGCAGAUGGCGACGCCCCCCCGCGCCGGCGGGUGCGCUUCAACACGUUUGCUGAGGUGGCAGAGGACAAGGUGACGUCAGCAAUCGCCAAGAUCGCCGCCCACAUCGGCACGCCGACCAAGUUCAAGAAGGCGGCCGGCCUCGCUCGGCAGCUUCUGGAGGGCGGCGCACUGAACAGUGGAAUGAACAGUGCAGCAAACAGUGCAGUGGAGAGCGGUGGUCAUGCGGGUCGUUUCUUUGCAGUGCUGGAGGCGGCAAUGGGGCUGCUGCGGAGGGAAGGCGGAGGGGGGGCGGGAGGCAUGGUGGUGGGGGUUGCGGGGGACGUUGGGGGCGAGUAUGCUGCGCUGAUCGGCGCUGCUGUGGAGAGAACAGAGUUGUUUUUGCCAUGGCAGCAGCAGCAGGUGGACGUGUGGGGGCUGCGCACUGUGCUCACCCACUCGCUGCGCACCGAUGACAGCUUCCAGGUGUGGGGGCUGCGCACCGCGCUCAACCACUCGCUGCGCACCGAUGACAGCUUCCAGGUGGGGGGGUGUGGGCGGGUGCUGAGGGGCAACAGCUUUUAUUUGGGGAGGGGUGGGGGGGCAGGUGGGAAGAGAUGGUGGGGGAAUCGAGUGCAACAGGAGGUGGAGAGACAGCCAGAGGCAGCAGAGGAGGAUGAGAGGGAGAGAAGUCUUGGCUGCCGUGUCUCGAGUGCAGCAGGAGGUGGGGCGAUUGCCAGAGGCACUCAAAGCUCCCGUGCUCCCCUUUCUCGCUUCCUCCCUCACCCCCCCCCUCCGCCUCCUCUUAACCUCCCCUCUCCCUCCCAGUUUUCCAAGGCCGUGUCUCGAGUGCAGCAGGAGGUGGAGCGAUUGCCAGAAGCAGCAGAGGAGGAUGAGCGGUACGAGGCGGGGAUGUUUGCAGGGGUGGCGAUGCAGGUGCAGGGCAGAGAUGGGGGUGUGGACGGGGAUGGAGAGGGAGAGAAGGGGGGAAGGAAGGGGGAAGAGAAAGGGGUAGAGAAGGGGGGAGCGAAGGAGGAUGAGAUUGCGGAAAGCGGGGGAAGAAAGCCUCAAGAGAGGAGGGAUGGGGGAGAAGAUGGUGGGGAAGAGAGACGGGAAGACAAGAAGGAAAAAGGAGGCGAUGAUGCAAAUGCUGCAGAUUCUGGCGCAGACCCCUUUGGGCUUGAUGCUAUGUUGGGUCUCAGUGGGGAGAAUGUAGGCGGGACAGCAGAUGGUGGGCAGGUGGGAGAGGAGGAGGAGGAGGAGGAGGAAGAGGAGGAGGAAGAGGAGGACGAUCCGUUUGGGGCGCAGACAGCCAUUGACAUGCUGGCGCAGCACGCAUACGACCACCGGCGGCGAUUCACCGGGCGGCAGCGGGCGGCAAUCGAGGCGCUGUGGACGAGUGUGAGGCAGCAGCAGCACGAGCGCAAGCACGGGGCGCGCAGGGGCGGCACUGGCCGGCUGGAUGUGACUGCUUUCGAGCGGCUGCAGCGGCAUUAUGAGGGCGAGGCGAUUAGUAUCAGGAAGGGAGUUGGGGGCGGUGGCGGUAGGAGCACAGUGACUUGGCUGGGGUGA